UAUCAAAACGUUCACGUGGGACGUCAAAUGAUCUUACCUCAUCGAAUUCAUCAUUUGAACUAGACUCACAAAUAAAGACUUAUCAUCAUUAGGAAAUUUUCUAACAAACUAGCCUACCUUCCGUACCUUCAGAAAGAGGAGAGUUUUGAAAAAAUCCUGAUCAAUUUCUGGCUGAAUUAUAUGAGGGAAUUUCAUUUUCGAUAUUUCUUGGAGCACUGGUAGGUACCUACAUCCGUUCCAAAAAAUUAUCUUUCGUGUAAAUCACUUUUGGACAAAUAUAAUUAACGUUUGUUGGUGUAUAAAAGCCGCCUUCUGCUGCUUUUAGCGACAUAAAAUAUUGAAUAGCAGUAGCAUCAACAGUAAAAUGUACCUCUCUAUAUUUUUUGUUGUGUUAAUUGGAUUUAUUGGGUCUUCCCAACAAGACCCGAUAUGCGGAGAAAACGAGCAUUAUACCUGUUCAUCUACGUGUGUAUCAACGUGCCAAAAUUUCCAAUUUGCUAACUGUGCACCACAAUGCGAACGAGGAUGUUAUUGCAAGCCGAACUAUAUCAGAAGUGAAGACGGAGGAAAAUGCAUUCCGGUCAGAGACUGUUGGAAAAAGUUCAGAAACUGAAGUACAAAUAAAUUUUUACCACGGUUAUUCAUCGAAAAUAAUAAAUAGAUGGUUAUUCACUUAUAUGUAUAGUAUACUCAAUUAAAUCAUACCGUUUCAAA